AUGACAAUGAUUUUCAGGACAUCGAGGCCCACGCGAAGUUGCGCGACAGACGAGGGACAGCAAGCCCUGCGCGAGGCGCGCAUUGUUCAAGAGCAAGACGAUGCUGGCGAAGGUGGGAGAGGACGUGGACGUACCACCAACGAGGACAGGCUUGCUGGAGAGGAAGGCACGGAAGAAGUUGUCUUGCGCCACGACGUCCAGGAUGCGAUGUCUGCCGCUGCUUGCGCCGUGCACGCCCUACCGACUACCACCUCUACCUUCGAAUCAUGUUUGCACACGCCUCAUGCUACCUGCACCGCGCACACACAUGCACCGGCUAUUCCCCCGCCUUCAAACCACCCAGCUGCCACAAAUUCUGCUGCGCACAACGCGCAUGCGCACACGGCAUCCACCUCCGCUUCCAGACCGCCCACCACCCACUGCCCACUGCACACUGCCCACGCCUGCAGCUGCUCGUAUCGCGCAAACACUGCCAACUGCUGCCUCUGCCUCCAAACCGCUUUCGCGCGCGCCGCCUGCUGCCCAUACCACGCACGCACACGCGGCAUCCACCUCCGCCUCCAGACUGCCCACCGCCCAAGCCUGCUGCUGCUCGUACCACGCACACGCACACGCCGACUGUGCCCCCGCCUUCGAACCACUCACCUCCCACACAUUCUGCUGCACGCAAUGCGCACACGCACACAGAAUCCACCUCCGCUUCCAGACUGCCUACUGCCCACUGCCCAUCGCCCACCCCCCACCCCCCAUGCCUGCAGCUGCUUGUACCGCGCACACACUGCCGACUGCUGCCUCUGCUUCCGAACCGCUUUCGCGUGCGCUGCCUGCUGCCCUCAUCGCGCACGCGCACAUGCCGACUGUGCCCCCUCCUUCGAACCACUCACCUCCCGCACAUUCCGCUGCGCGCAGCGCGCACACGCACGCAGAAUCCACCUCCGCUUCCAGACCGCCCACCGCCCACCGCCUGUCGCCCACUGCCCACCGCCCGUUGCCCACCGCCCACUGCCCACGCCUGCAGCUGCUCGUACCGUGCACACACCGCCGACUGCCGCCUCUGCCUCCGAACCGCUGUCGCGUGCGCCGCCUGCUGCCCGCACCACGCACAAUCCACCUGCACCUCCCAACUGCCCAUUGCCCAUUGCCCACCGCCCAUUGCCCAUUGCCUUCAGCUGCUCGUACCGCGCACACACCGCCAAUUGCUUCCUCUGCCUCCGAACUGCUGUCGCGCGCGCCACACAUACCCCUACCUCCAACAUAUGCAAACCCUUUGAGGCAGACAAGACGACGGACUACAACGAGCUUGACAUGUAUGUCACUAUGCUGGACAUUGCACUCACCAGCAUCGACUAG